GUCCGCUGCGCAUAAAAACACAAUAAGGUAAAGAAGCAAACAAUUCACUUGAAAUAGUCAAAAGUAUAAAAAUAAUAAUAAAAAAUAGAAUUAAAUUAUAGCGUGCUGAAAUUAUUUCAAAAACGAGUUGCGCUUAAAGCUUUCUAUUUUUGUCUUUUUUUUUUUGGUUUUUUGUGAUAACCAAAUAAUAUAUUUUGUGUAAAAUAGUUAAAAAAAAACUUAACUUACACAAAUAUCAGUAUGAAGUUCCAAUUAGUCAUUCUCUCCGCACUGCUUGUCAGCGCAUUCGCUUUGCCCGUGCCCGAUGAGGAAGUGUCGCCGGUAGUGCAAGCGGUGCCACAGGGCCAAGAUAAAUCUGCUGGUGAUGUGCAAAAGGCCCAAGAGAAGAUUGUCGAUGUUGUCAAACCAGUUGAGGCACGUGCUGCUGAGUUGCCCGCAGCCGCCGCUACCGUGGAAAAAAAGAAGGACGAGAAACUUGCUGAACUUCCAUUGAACGCACCCGAUGCUGAAUUGAGCCAGAGCUUGCCCGCCGAAAAGAAGGAAGAGAAGAAGGACAAGCAGACACGCGCUGACGAUCAAAUAGAGGAAGCUAAGGCUCUGCCUAUACUUUCGGCAGCUGCACCCGUUGCCGGCCUUGCUGGUAUUGCUGAAGAACCCAAACAGGCUGCCGAGGAGGCCAAGCCAUUGCUUGCCGCUCCUGCUGCCGCCGCCGCCGCCGCCGCCGCUCCUGAGGAUCAGUCAAACAUUGAAGGCAAAUCCACCAUCAUUGCCGAAGCAGCGCCCGCUGAACAAAAGAAGGAUGAACUCUCAGUCGCUGAAGAAACACCUGUACUAAAAACCGAUGCCGCUCCUGCUGCCACUGCUGACAGCGCUCCUCCUGCACUUGCCACCACUGAAGCUAAGAAGGAAGAGACACCUGCACGUCAAGAACGCGUUGGCGAAGCUGUAAAUGAGGUUGAUGCCAAUGCUGCGCCCGCUGCCCCCGUUGCCGUUGCCGAUGUAGUGCCCGCAAUCAAGAGCUUGCCAGCAGAGGAGCCAACACUUGAUGUUGCGCCAGUACGUGCCGCCAUACCAUCAGCCCCAGCCCCAGCUCCUGCCGCUGCUGCUGCAACCGCCACCGAUGCCGCUCCGGAAAAAGCUGCAGCAGCUGAGAACCUACAGCCCGAACUUCCCAAAGAAUUGUUGAAGGCCGCCGCUUCUGAACCAAUUGCUGAGAAGUCUGCACCAGCGGCGCAAGCAACAGCUGGCGACAUUGAACAUCAAGCAAGCGAAGAGAGCGCCGCCAAGGCAUUGAAGGUGGAGGAACCGGCACAAGCAGCCGCUGCCGCCGCACCAGAAGCCAAAAAAAUUGAAGAGCCAGCUGCUGCCGCACCAGCACCAGCUGAGAAACCACAAGAGCAACAAAAAGAAAUCAAGCCCGAGGUAAAAGAGAGCGAACCCAAGACAUUGGAAGAGAAGAAACCCGCUGCUGAGGCUGGCAAAUCUAGCGAGAGCAAGAAAUCUAAAGACUCCGAUUCAGAUUCAUCCGAUUCCUCUGAAUCAAAGGAAAGCAGCGAAUCGAAGGAAGAAAAAUCAGACUAGAUUUCUAAAUACAUCCGAUAGAAUUACCUCCCCUCCACGAGUUAUACAAAAACAAAAAUAAUAAUAAAAUAAACAACAAACAAAAUAUCAAUUUGACCACACUUAGAACAACAAGCGAUUGGUAAUGAAGUUUAACGAAACUGAAAAAGCAAAUACAAAGGACCGAUGUCACAGGUGGUCACAAACUCAACAACGCUCUUAAUAAUAUAUAGUUAGUUAUUUUUAGUUGUAAAAACUAUUUAGAAAGAAACUAAAUCAACAAACAAACAACGGACAAAACAAGGGACCGAAAGAAUUACAGAAUUAAUAUUUGCAAGCAAAAAGCAACGAAUUAGAUGACGUAGCCAGUGUAAAGAACCGCGAAAGUUAUUAUCGAACAGAGCAGAAAUCAGCAAAUAGCCGAUAACGGUCGGAAGAAUUUAAACGAGUGCUCAACAGACGGAAACAGCCAACGCCAUGACAGUCUGGCACGCUCAAUCGGAAACCAGAGGUCUGCUAUGCUGCUGGAAUAGCCAUGGCUGAAGACACUUGAUUAAAUAAAUAAUUAAAGAAAAUUAAUAAGGACAAACCGAGAAGAUGGCAUAUAAGCAAUAAUACUUACACAAGUAAUUAUGAUAUAUCAUAAAUUAUAUACAUAUAUAAAUGAGGAAAGUAAUUAAUUUAAGCUUAAUUAAAUUAAAACAUACAAGUUAAUCUACAACAUGCUAUAAGGUGAAGUUUGAACGAGGGAAUAUUUAAUUUUAAUGUACGUACGUAUGUACGAGUAGGCCGACAUUCGCUGAUGGCAGUAAGAAACACUCCAAUAUUAUGAAAGAAGCACAACUACUUUUAAGUUCUAAAAAGCAAAUAAAUAAAAAAAAAUAACCAACAAUCAAACAAACAAACACUUCGCUAUGGUAGACGGAGAUCCAACAUACGUGUAUGUACUAUGUGUAGCAUUAAACUUAGCAGUCACAAAAGUAACGAAAAGAGCUCAACGUCAAAGUAAACGUCCAAUAUUCAACUUCCAACAAGUGCAACCCGAACAACAACAAUAAGAAUGGCUUAAUUAUUUUCAUUUUAUUUGAUUUUUUUUUGCAUAUUAACACACAUCAGCCAACCUACGUUAGAUAAUAUCAAAUAUGGACCAAUUACGUUUAAUUUUAUAAAUUAUAUGUAUGCGUAAAUAUGUUAAAUGUUGAUAAACAAAAAAACUCAGCUGGCACUUGCAAUUCAAGUUUUCUUUUAGGUCUUUAAUAUAUCCAUGCGCACUCGAUGCUUGGUUGCUGUGACUUUCAAUUACAUUUCGAAAAAAUCCAUACAUUUUCAUUGGUAAUUGAAAUGUAGUUGAGUUACAGUCGAUAUUUGUGUGUGUGCAUGCGAUACGAAUAAAGUACGAUGAUUAAAUAACAUCUAUAUACCAUACAUGAACAUAUAUGAACAAAAUGUAUUUGUACGAUUUUUAUAUAGACUGACAUUUUUGGAUAAAAAAUAAAAAAUAAUAAAAACGAAA